AUGUUCGUGGUCUCCCAGGCCUCCUCUUCUCCGGCCCUCGACGCAAGCAGCUUCCCACACCUGCUGGACCUGGUCCUUUCUUUCUCCUCACUCCGCGUCCUCUUGGCAUUCCGCAAUACCUCGCGUCUCCUCAAGGUCAAAGUGGACUCUGUGCUGGAACGAAAUGGUUGUCAUAUGCGUAUUGUUCGAGGAAGGAACGGAUCCGACCCUCGGAUUGCUUAUAUCGACGGCGACACCGUUAUCGUCCCCACCUCACGCGCCCUCAUUCGUUUCACUCGCACGGUUGACAUUGACAACCAAGCUGUUGUCCAUGACCAUGACAUCUUUGGCCACCUAGGAUCACUUGGGCAGAACAUCAAGACACUUCGAGUGCGCCAUUACUACCAGUCGCUCGGAUUUCAAUACCUGCCCUUUUACCCUGCCCCACCAACGUGCGUCAUAUCCAUGAACGCGUUUCCCCUCGACAGCGAGCCUCCGCCGUCACUCGACUGUCCCACCACACUACUCGAUGCGCACGGCACGACCAAGCUCGUCCUCAUAUUUGUGACCAGCAGAGAUUACCAAUAUCCCACUAUCACGUCCCACCAGCGCCACACCGCUUCCAACUUUCCAUCCACCCUCAAGGAAGUGGUCAUCAUCUUUUCCGAGUCGACGGCGCCUGCGCACAACCUGUCCUCUCCAAAGCUGGCACCAGAGAAUCGCGUGCGCCUCGAUAAGGGUAUCAUAUUCACGCUCAUGGGAAACAACACACGACUCAAGUGGACUUUGGUCGACUGUGGGCCCAUGAUUCCUCCCAGUGAGGCGGCGGAAGCGGCAGGAGACGAUCGGCAUGCUACGGCGUUCAAGCACGUCGACAGGUUCAUCUCCCUGACACCACCAGGCUUUGUGUCGGAUAUCACCUGCCUUCGUCUCGACGAGUAUCGCAAGCGGGUUGGGGACGAGCAGUUUCGUCUGGACACAUUUGUAUAG